UUUGGGGCUUCUGGGCUUGCUGGCGUGCUGCACGUUGUUGUCGCAAGAGGGUUCGGGCGUCGGCCAUUGUUUGCCGGGGGUUUGUUGCAGAGUCUACGGUGGCAGAUGAAGCAGUCGGAUUGCUAUCAAUCGGCGUGGUUUGGUACAGUCCUGUCGCGCUUCAACAAAACAGCUUGUCCAGCUUGUCCAGCCACGCAAAGGGUCCAGGUUGUUACUAGUGGCUGGGAUUACGGCAGCCAAGACGUCGGCAAAACGCAGCGUCCAAGCUCCACUCCACUGUCUCCUCACUGA